AUGUCAGAGGAAUCAUCCUCGUCCUCAUCGCCCAGUGGCCACCCCAUUGGACUUCCCCAGAAAAAAUCUCAAGCUACAUCUUGUGCAGAGUGUCGGAGACUGAAGCUCAAAUGUGACCGCGUUUUUCCUUGCUCCUCGUGUAUUCGAAGAGGAUGUGCCAAUCUAUGUCCAACCGGAACCCUAGAGAAAGGAAAGAGAGGGUUUUUGAAAAGAUUGGAACAGUCACUCCCUUCGAGCGGGAACAGAACUGUUGACCCCAACUCUGGUGAACCGACGACAGAGGUUGCGAUGUUUGUUGCGAGAGAUGCUGCCAUGUCUAAACGAAUACAAGAAUUGGAAUCUGCUCUCAUAAAUGCGGGAGUACCAGUUCCUGGGCUACCUCAUGCAGUGGCCAAACGGACGACCGCCUUAAGCCACAAAAGAACAAGAAGUUCUCCAUCAAUGGAUGAUGAUUCUGAUAAGAUGUCCUGUUCUGAGCGUUCACUAUCACCGAUAAACGCAGCAGACUCAGCUGAUGUGACGAUGGGAUUUGGUACCCUCACCAUAGAUCCCUUGAACAGGGCGAAGUACAUCGGCCUUUCCGGAGCUUCUGCAUAUCUCUCUUCCGAUAUCUGGUCGUGUUCAUUGGAAAAGAGAACGGAGGCCGAGGAGACUGUCCCAGAUUAUGCGUUAAACAGCGAAGUUCAACUCGCACUGUUGGGAAAAUUGUCUGUUCUACCUUCUUAUGAAGAAGCAAUCCGGCUUUCCAAGUUAUACUUCCUCAACGACUCAUAUAUGUACGAGAUCGUCUCCCAAGAGAUCUUCAUGAAGGAGCAUUUGACUACAGCGUAUGAGCGUUUCACUGCUCAAGGCGGUCAUGUUGCCCCGGAUACCCUUGCCCUCGUGACAAUGGUCCUUGCCAUAGGCCAAUACUACGAUAUGACGCGUUCUUCAGAAGAUUUGACACAGCGAGUAACGGAGCUGUUUGAUGUCGCUGUCUAUGCUCUGAACAUCAAUAACGCGGUCAACGGAGCAACCUGUCCUAGAACGAUCCAGGGAAUACAGGCACUUCAUCUCAUGGCAACGUAUCAGCUCAGCGUCAAAGCUGAAGUUGGGGCGGAGGCUGCAUGGCAGAUACUUGGGAUUGCAUGCAGAUCCCUUCAAACACAAGGUCUACAUAGAGAUGGAUCCAGAUGGGGAUUACCGCUCAAGGAACUCGAGGAAAGAAGGAGAGUAUUCUGGGAAACCUAUACAUUUGAUCGACUGCAAUCUUUCAUGCUCGGCCGCCCGUAUUCUCUGAUCGACGCACAUCAUGACUGCGAGAUGCCAACCACGUCCAAUAUACCUCUUCUUUCAGACGUAGACAACUCCAACACCUUCUCCCAUACUCGAUUCCAUCAUCAUAAAUUCCGAUGGGCAAUCCUUAUCGGCCGAAUCGUCGAUCUGGCAUUUUCAGCGAGACAGCUUACUUAUGACAUCAUCAAACAGGUUGAUAGAGAGAUUAAUGAUUAUUACUUCUCGCUGCCAACUUGGAUACGAUGUCCAGUUGUUACCCGUCCAGUUGAAGAAAGCGUUUGGAAACGGGUAUGCUCAAAAGCUGGCUCGCGUCCACACGGACCUCAUCCUGAUUUUGCGAGUGGCCUUGGGAAAGUAGAAGAUCAGCAGAGAGAUGCGCAGAUAUACACACUGGCGACCAGUAUCUUUGUCGCGAUACUGCAUCUCCAUCGAGCGCCUUUCUGUAGGGCGCUCAUGAUGGAACCGCAAGAGCUUGUGAGGUCACCUUACGAGUCAAGUGUUUCUCGAGUUACCUCGGCAGCGACUACGAUUAUCAAUAUCACACGAGGCCUAUAUGUGCUUCAUCCUGGACACACAUCCCGUGUUUGGUAUUGGCUCUACCAUGUAUUCACUGCCGCUGUCUGCCAAGCAGUGUUUGUAUGCACAGCACCAUUCCAUCCGCUCGCCCCUCAAGCGUUCAAAAGUUUGCAGGCCGCUCUCGAGCUGCUGGAUCGUGCAGAGGGUCCGCGCGCUGCCACGGCAAGGUCGCGUCUCAAGAUCAUAUCACAGAAAGCCGCCGCAUCUAUGGACAGAUACCUCUCAUCAUCAUUCGCCAAGUCGAGGUCGAGGAGGGAAACUCCGAACAACUCACCACCCCUGGAUUCUACUAUCAACUUACCCUUCCCUCCUCCCGGCGCCAACAAACCACCCCCACCGAGAUUCCCAGAAUCAUACCUUCGAGGCGCCACCGGUGACUUUUUGGGAAUUUCAACCAAAUUGGUCAGGCUCGGCUCUCCGCCUCAUUCUGGUUCUGGUUCUACUUCCGCCGAAUCAGCAAGCAGAUCAUCGUGUUCUUCACCCAUGUCUGUCACUUCAAUUUCACCAGGUGAAAUUCCACCUCCUCCUUCACUUCAUCAUCGUACGUCGCCCAACGAUAACGAGAACCUUGUCCGACAAUCACAUAACCAACAACGACCACAAGAACGUCACUGUCCAUUAGAGCCGUUGGACAUAUUCGAAUCUGCUACUGGGAACACCUUCGAUCCGUGGUUCCAAACCUUCAUGGCCAUAGGACCUGAAAAGGACGUCAACGCCACUCCCAUCCCACCAGGUCCCAACCUAGGCUGGGCUCCCGGAGGAGAACAAGGAACGAUGAACACGCAAUCUAAUUUCCAACCUCCUCAAUUCGACCCUAAUUCAUUCAACGAUCUCGAUUUCGCUGUCGACCCUGCUGGCGUGCGGGAACUUCAGAGUCUACUCGAGUGGAGGCAUACUAUAAAUGUUAAUCUUCCUCCCAAUGCAGUUAAUGGGCCGACGGGAAUGAACCAGAACGAUGCGUUUGGGCUUUUUGGUGCUUCGAAUGUGUUUGAUUCGUCGAAUUUUAUGCAAGACGGUACUCAUGGACAAUGGUUAUUGGAUCCGUAUAAAGCUAAUUGA